AUGCGUAUCGUAUUUUCGUUAACAUUCUUCGACAACGUUAUAUUUUGUAUUCCUUACUCGACGACGACGACGACGUUAACAUCGUUUCUACAAUUAAUAUUUCGACCCGUGUAUCGAGAGCUCCGAUGGAAGUUAACGUGACAUUUCCAAAGGGAUCGUACAAUAUAUCAUGCAAAUCAGUACAAUUGUUCAAGCUCGUAAUGGCUCUGGUCGGAACGAAACGUUCAGUUGGAUUCUCUUAGCGAAAGGCAGAAAAGUUGCAGACCUGCUCGAAGGAUCAGAGAGAUGGAUUACUUCGUGGGAGUCGACGUAGGAACAGGAAGUGCUCGAGCUGCUUUAGUAUCUUCCACAGGGAAGAUAAUAAAAAUGGCAACGUGCCCCCUUGAGAUUUUUCAUCCCGCUCCCAACUUCUACGAACAAUCGUCCGAAAACAUUUGGAGCGCGGUCUGCCAUGUAGUAAAGUCAGUCGUGGCCGAUACCUCUCCAGACAACAUAAAGGGUAUUGGAUUCGAUGCUACUUGUUCACUGGUAGCAGUGGAUAAGACAGGAUCGCCGGUCACAGUCAGUCCGACGGGCAAAGACAAGCAGAACGUUAUAUUAUGGAUGGAUCACAGGGCACAGGAGGAAGCUGACUUGAUAAACGCGCGAGGACACGACAUGCUUCGGUACGUAGGUGGAAAAGUAUCGCUCGAGAUGGAAACUCCGAAAAUGUUAUGGCUGAAAAGGCAUCUACCAUCGUCCUGGAAUCGUGCGGCACUUCUGUUCGAUCUGCCUGAUUUCUUAACGUGGAAAGCUACGGGUUCCGAGUCGAGAUCCCUAUGCUCGUUGGUGUGUAAGUGGAAUUACAGCGCUUCUCCAGAUGGUAAUAACAAAUGGAGCGAGGAAUUCUUCGAACAAAUUCACUUGAAUGAUCUGAAGAAAGAUAAUUGGCGGAAAAUAGGUAGUGAUGUCAGGAGCCCCGGCGAUCCUGUCGGUCAAGGAUUAUCAGGAAAAGCUGCGUCUGAAUUAGGCCUUCUGGAGCAAACAGCGGUAGGCACUUCUCUCAUCGAUGCACACGCCGGUGGACUCGGUAUGAUAGGAUGUUCUGUGCCUGGCGUGUCCAACGAGUUGCAGAGUAGAUUAGCAUUGAUCUGCGGCACCUCGACAUGUCACAUGAUAGUCAACGAGAAGAAACAUUUCGUCAGCGGGGUUUGGGGACCGUAUUUCAGUGCCAUGGUUCCAGGAUUGUGGCUGAGCGAAGGCGGGCAAAGCGCCACCGGGAAGUUACUCGACCACAUAAUCGACACUCAUCCCGCGACACCAGGAAUUUUGAAAAGUUUGACCCGAAACAAACACAUACAGCAGCAUUUGUCCGAACUGUUGCAAACCAUGGCCGACGAGAGGAGCCUGAAAAACGUUUCGUACUUGACGAGAGAUCUUCACGUAUGGCCAGACUUCCACGGUAAUCGUUCUCCCUUGGCUGAUCCGAGUAUCAAAGGAAUGAUAUCGGGACUCUCGUUGUCCGUCGGCCAAGAGGAUCUGGCAUUGUUGUACUUGGCAACGGUGCAAGCGUUAACGUACGGUACGAAAUAUAUUUUGGAGACGCUAGAAGCGGCCGGUCACAGAGUGGAAACUUUGUUAGUUUGCGGUGGCCUCAGUCAGAACCCAUUGUUCAUUCAAAUCCAGGCGGACGUGUUAGGUCUGCCUGUCCUAUGUCCAGUCGAAAAGGAAUCGGUAUUGAUAGGUGCUGCGAUCCUCGGAUCUUACGCAGCUGGCAGAUUCGGUACGAUGUACGAUGCUAUCGAAACGAUGGGCGGUUCUGCGAACAUCGUCAAACCCAAAAACGAGUGCUACAAGUAUCACCUUCAAAAGUAUCGGGUUUAUCGUAAGAUGGUACGAGAUCAGAAAGAGUACAAGGAAAUCAUGAACGAGGAGUUCGCGUGACUGGGUGUACGAAUUUACGUUAUCGCUGACACCGUGGUAAGGAUAGUAAUACCAGGUGCACCAAAUUUCCACGCAGAAUCUCAUAGUUAGGUCUUUAGAUCGCCUACGACAACCGUUCGCAGGCAACACGAUCUUUCUUUUACGAUUAAAACGAUACUUCGUGAAUAGGAUUAUAGCGAGACAUAUUUUUGUUACGCACUUUAUCUCUCGUCUUUACUCGUUACUAAUAAAAGGGUUCAUAGAA